AACCCAGAGUGUGAUUUGCUGGUAAGAAGAGUGGAAGCGUUCGACGAUGCCCGAUGUGUCCUCAGUUACAUUCAAGCAUUGCUUCGUGCUGCAGCAUAUGCAACGCCAAAACGACGCGCGAAACACUGCUCUGUCGACUGAACAUCACGAGAAGACUCUUCAGUUAGGCACAACACUUGCUCGUGGUCGCACGAGUUCGUUCGCUCCGCUUUCAAGACCGCUCUCUGAAUCUCUCCGGCCGGAAAUCGAGAGCACAGCUUCGCAGUUCAACAGCUGAGUGAGUUUUGCGUGCAACAGAUCAUCUGCGCCUUCGAAUUUGGCUGCAUAUCGAGACGAUUUUCUCAACACACCAAUUGAGCAACUGGUGAUUUUUGGCCACAUAUAAAGUUAUUGGUGAAUUAUUCAUAGGUUUACACAGUCACAGUGUUUGUUGUUUGGUGAUUAGAGAGACACUUUCUCAAACACGAAUUAUGGUCCUCAAGCUCACAGACAUUUGCCAGCGCAUCGCCCUUUCAGUGGUUAUUUUGCUCUCACUCACCAUCCGGCGCUCUGAGGCAGAAGAGUGCGGCCAGGAGGAAUUGGCGCGCUGCUCUCGACCCCUGCAGGUGCUCUCGUCCACCUCGGAUCUCACCAUUGCCACGAACAAGGAGGAGCUCAACAAGAUUUGCCCAGACUUAUACGGUGGCCUGCACUGCAUACGUAGCUACACGAGGCGCUGCAUGUCGCUGCAGCAUCGCAACCACUUCAACAAGCUCUACCACGGCACGAAUCAAGUCAUACGAGACUUAUGCCGAGAGGGACACUAUCAGAACGAUUACUUGAGGCACGCUCCCUGCUUGAGAGUCGUGAAGCCGGAUUACGAGAUUUGUGCAAAAAAGUAUCAGGACACUAUUUCGCGAAUCACUCAGUUGGAACACAGAGGAAUUGGUAAUGCCACAGACGAUACAGUGGCCAUCGUGUGCUGCUCCUUUCGCGAGUACCUGGACUGCUCUGAGAGGACAGCGCGACGGAUCUGCGGUGACGAGACGGCGGCCUUCACGCGGAGCUUCCUGGACAAGAUGGCAGACAAUCUGAUCCGGGAGCACUGCGAGGACUACUCCGUGAAGUCUGGCCGGUGCUCAUACGAGAUCUCCGCGGCGCCAUCACGCGACAGCCCCGCCGCAGCUCUGUUGGCAGCCGCAAUCUUCACGGCACUCCACUGGAUGAUCGCCAGAUAACUUCUGUAUCGUCGUCAGAGAGUCACGUGUGCGCUCAUUCCAUUCCGGGAGACGGAGGCAAAACAUCACUCACACGUCACGAUUCCUCCCCAGACGGCGUCGUGCAAUUUUGGGCAAACAACAAACAUUUGAAGACUGCAUAACAUAAUUCUUUAUUUCGACCUAGAAAGUGAGAUACCAAAAAAAGGAUGGAUGAAAAGAUAUUAGACACAAUUGUGUUAAAUUUAAUUAAUUUAGCGUGGAAAAAAACAAAGGCGAAAGGAAUUCUCUCUUCCUCUCUCCACCCGCCCAAGAGCAACAGAAAAAAUCGCCAGAGAUUUCUUUUUUUCUCUCUCUAUCUAGAGAGACACAAAAUUGAAAGAAAAACAUUCCUCUUCUGCAAGUGAAUUUUCAUGUGGAAAUAUACCAGAGUCUCGUGGGAAUAUUAUGCACUUAUCAUCUUCUGUUCUGUGAAUCUCGCUCUCUAUCUCACUCCUUUCUGGUGCCCAUCAGUCAUUUUCCAGGAAAAAAACCACACGCAAACACUCAGUUUUUCCGUCCCAACACCAUCAUUAUCCCCGUGAAAAUUUACUGUUGUGACUAGAGGAAUUAAUUAAGUAGGAUUAGGUCAAUCUUUCGGUUAAUUAAGGCAUUAGAUUAGAGUAGAAAUUGCAUAAUAUAGAGAGAGAUAUAAUGUCACAGGAGAAGUAACAAAAUAGAGGCUGAAAAUACGUCUUCACCUACGCCUUCAAUGGUAGAUGACAAAAUGUAUAUUAAUUGUUUUAUGUUAAGUAAAUAAAAGCGAAAAGACAGAA